AUGCAAUACUUUUUAAAAAAUCAAGAAAUUGGUGAUAUUGUUAAACCAAAAGAAAUGGUAAUAAUUAAAACUAGUAGUAAAUAUAUAGAUGCAAUGAAAUUAAUGUUAGAAAGAAAAGUUUUUUCAGCACCAGUUUUAGGUGAAGAUGGAAAAGUAAAUACAGUUUUAGAUUUAUUAGAUAUUGUUGGAUAUAUAAUUGAAUUUCUUGGAUUAAAGAAUCCACAAACUUUAGAAAGAUUAAAACAAUCACCAAAAGAAUUUAGUAACAUUUUAAGAAAUAGUGGUGAACUAUUCUCCCAAUCAACUAUUCAGACUGUGUUAGGAGCAAAUUUAAAACCCGAGAAACUAGUAGCAUGCAGAGAGAACACCUCUUGCUAUGACGUUAUCCAAGCGUACAAUAGUGUAGUAUCAAAAGUAUUUAUAUUGGAUAAACGAAAUGAAAUCAUUAAUUUAGUAUCACCAAUUGAUAUACUCUCAAUGGUUGCCCAAAACAUCCAUUACUUGGGUGCGGUUGGGAAGAGAAAAAUCGGGGAAUUGGGUGUUGCAAUCCCAUUCAAACGUUGUUAUAGAAAGGAUGAAAGAGUCAUAAUCAUCAUUAAAGAUUUCCUUGGUGAAAAUUUCAUCGCCGCUCCAAUAGUUGAUGAUAGAAAUAAAUUAAUUGCAAACUUUUCAGUAUCAAAUAUUAGAACUCUUCAUCAUGAUUUCGAUGAACUUAUGUUACCUGUUAAAGACUUUUUAGAAUAUCAAAAAAUUAAAGAAAAAAAAUAUGUUACAUCUAUAAAUGAAAUUUCAUUGUUUCCAUUAACUAGUACUUUUGAAGAUACAUUAGAGAAUACAAUUUAUAAAUUAGUUGCCACAAGAGUUCAUAGAUUAUGGGUAGUUGAUAAUGAAGGAAAACCUUUAUCAAUGAUUACAAUUGAUUCAAUAUUAAAAUUAAUAUCUUUAAAAUCAAUGGAAAUUGAUUCAUAG